GAGUAAGGAAUAUAUUGUGCAGCUCACCGGAUUAAUAUUUUUAUUUUGACUUUCAAAAACCGUAAUGAAGUUUCUCAUUACUUCCUCAGUCAUAUUUAUAAUCUGUUAUGUCGUAACCUCCUCGACUUUGUCUUUGGUUGAGCCCAUUUCGUUCGCACUACAAAGAAAUAUUAAUAUGUCUUUAGCAGAGUUGCAGUCGAAAUGCAAUAAUUCUUAUACAGAGCUCGAAAAUUUGAAAAGAGAAACCUUCUCUUUUGGCAACAAUCUUCAACAUUCAAUAAACGAAAAAUUGCCAAAUCCAAAAUCGAAUGAUGGAUUAGAAAGCCUUCUAGACAACGAUUGCACUAAUAAUUCUGAUCUGAAAAACGUGUCACGAAGGGUUGUACAGAUUGUGCAAACGUGUUUAGACGACAAGUUGAAACUGGAUACUGCUAAGGAAGACGAAACUAAAAAAGCAAUAAUAAACGCUCUUUGUGGAGGCAUUAGGAUUUCGAUCGAGUGGCAAAUUCAUUUACGUAAGAUUUUGCAAAAUCAAUAAAGAAGAUGGUUUGAAUGAAUGUGUGAAGUGAAUAGUAGUUGGUGGCACAAUUUUUU